CCACCGCAGUAUGGAUGAAGUUAUCCCUUUGGUCCAAAGAAUAGAAAAAAACAAACCAAUGACAAAAUGAUGGAGUUGGAAUAUCCUUUCGUGCCUAAUUCUAUUCUUCUUUCAAUUUCCUACUAGGGUAACCGCAUGCAUACUUUCCAAAAACACUCCCUUGUAUUAAUUGUCCUAAAACACUUGCCUUAAGCACAAAUCCAUUUAUCAAUUGUUUUUUUACAAAACCAAGGCAAAUCUAUAACACCCAGUAAUUGAUUUUUUUGUUCCUCAUUUGUAAACACAUCAAUACUUUUUUCAAGAAAGGUAUAGUCCAUAUCUUCUGUCAGCUGUAAUUAUUGAAGGGUUCAGGUUGUUGAAUUUUGGUGGAGGCUUAAUUAGCAUGGUACUGCACUUCCUGUUUAAUUUAUCCCGUGCAGAGAAGUGAAAUCAAAGAGAACCAAGAGGAGAGUGCUCACAUCUGUAGAAAGUAGCUGAGGAGAUAUCACAGAGGGAAACGGUUUUGCGCAGCUGUUGUUACUGCUUAUGUUUCCAUUAAUGCUGUGUUUAUGCUUUCCUUGAGCCAAGGGUCUAUCGGAAAUAGCCUCUCUACCUGCACAAGGUAGGGGUAAGGUUGACUUUCAAACAACAAGAUUUAUCAUCGCUGGUUCAGUAUUGUUGAGGUAGAUGCGAGCUUGGUAGUAAUGUCUGUACUCAUUGAAGGGCUUCCUGAUGCUGUUGCCUUAAGGUGUCUUGCACGGGUUCCGCUAUAUCUUCAUCCCAAGUUAGAACUUGUUUCCCAUUCCUGGCAAGCUGCUAUUCGAAGUAGUGAACUAUUCAAGGCAAGAAAGGAGGUUAAUUCAUCUGAAGAAUUUUUAUGUGUCUGCGCCUUCGACCCUGAUAAUUUAUGGCAGCUUUACGAUCCUAUGCGUGAUCUUUGGAUUACCCUCCCACUUCUUCCCUCAAACAUCAGACAUCUUGCUCACUUUGGUGUGGUUUCUACUGCUGGAAAACUCUUUGUUCUAGGUGGCGGUAGCGAUGCUGUGGAUCCAUUGACUGGUGACCAAGAUGGAAGUUUUGCCACUGAUGAGGUCUGGUCAUAUGACCCCGUAACCCGAGAAUGGAGUCUGUGCGCGUCUAUGAUUGUGCCUCGAGCCAUGUUCGCUUGUUGUGUGUUUGAUGGGAAGAUAGUUGUUGCAGGGGGUUUUACUAACUGCAGAAAGUCAAUUUGUAGAGCAGAAAUAUAUGAUCCCGAGAAGAAUGUUUGGGAUCCGAUCCCUGAUCUCCAUCACACACACAACUCUGCAUGCUCAGGAGUGGUUAUUGACGGUAAAGUUCACGUAUUGCACAAAGGUUUGUCAACCGUUCAGGUUUUGGAAAACGUGAAACAGGGUUGGACCGUGCAUGAGUAUGGUUGGCUCCAAGGCCCGAUGGCUGUUGUUAAGGGAGAGCUUUAUGUACUGAGUCAUUGGCUCAUUUACAGGCAGGAAAGAGAAACAAGGAAGAUGGUAGUUUCAGCAUCUGAGUUCCGUAGAAGAAUUGGAUUUGCAAUGAUAGGUCUGGGAGAUGAUAUCUAUAUUGUUGGAGGGGUUAUGGGACCCGAGCGAUGGAAUUGGGACAUUAAAUUGCUGUCUGAUGUUGAUGUUCUGACACUUGGGAGUGAGAGACAAGUGUGGCGUCAAGUUACUCCAAUGACAAGGUGUAGAGGUACGGUCCUUGGCUGCACGCAGAUUAGAAUAUAGGUCAUGUAUAAUGGAUCGAAUUCCAUUGCAGUUUUCGAUACCUUGAAUGCUGACGAUUUUUAACAUGAAAAAUACACGUAUUUGCAUCAAGGAGGUUUCUUUUCUCGAAAUUUUCGUUUCCUUGUGUUGUAGGUAUGGAGAUAAAUUAGUUUGUUGCUCUGCUUGAUUCUUUUCUAUAAGCAAUGGGUAUGUUUUGUCUA